AUGUCGUCGAAGAAGAGCUCGAGAAAGUCAUCGAGUGGGAACCACCGAUCGACGCUCAGUUUACAGAAAACCGAAAUUAUCAUCAAUGUUUAUGAUCUGCUACCGCCAGGACGACUUGCCAAUAUCCUGUGGACUGUUGGGACCUCCCUUCUCCAUUCCGGAGUCGUCAUAAACAAUAGGGAGUACGCAUACGGGGGACAUGAUAGGAGGGCUAUGACAGGAGUCUAUUUCACGCCGCCAAAGACAGUACCACCAGGCGGCACGUUCAAAUGCGAGAUUCUCCACGGUUUCACAAUCCGACCAGCAGCCGAAAUUGAAGCUAUUAUCAAAGAAGCUUCCGAUGUGUUCCAAGGAACCUCAUACAACCUCCUCACGAAGAAUUGCAAUCACUUCACAGCAUAUCUGUGCGAGAAGCUUACCGGCAGACCUGGACCUGGUUGGUUGAAUAGGGCAGCAUCUAUAGGUGUUGCAUUGCCAUGCGUUGUUCCUAAGGAAUGGAUUGCACCUCCGGACUUUGAAACCGCAGAAGGUGAAUUGCUCGAUGACGAGGAUUCCCAUGAGCACACGAGGAUGUUGGGCAAUACGGACUCAAGCCAGAGACGAAGUAUGGAUGACUGUAGAGAUUUCGACCACGAACUCGAUUGGGAUAGUGAAGAGGAGCGAAGGCAGGGAGGGAACGGAAAAGGGAAAGGCAAGGCUCCUGUCAGAGAUACUUCCGGAAGGGUUGUGCCACCAGCAGAUAGGGCACCAAUUGCUUCGAAGAAGGGCCGAGCAUCUCGCGAUUGUCCUCAUUGA